AUGAUGUAUGCCAGUGCUGGUAUCGAAGACGAAUUUGCUUCUAUUGACGGUGCUUCAGGAGCAGGAGACUAUGACGAGCCAUCUCCCAAUUUGGAAGUGAUAUACCAAGCCUUUGGCGAACAUGCUGAUCUGUAUAAGGAUGUUCUGCAGGUGAAAUCUUCGGCGACAGCUGAGCAGAUUCAAAUGGCUUACUUUGAUCGUCGGAGUGAGCUCUUUGCUCUAUUAGCCAGCAUUGAUUCCGAAGAAGAGCAAGAUGAUAUCACAGCCUCGCAUCGAUUCCACGCAGAGCGAAAGAUGGACGCCGUGGUGAUGGCAGUUAGGAUUCUGGGGGAUCCCCAAUUACGGGAAGAAUACGAUAAUGUGGUGUUGAGACAGACAAAGAAACAACCGCAAGAACCGCCAUCUGGUGGCAAUGGUAGUGGAGCUUCCAGAUCUUCCAGCACGAGGGAACCCGAUGGAGUCUAUGCGGGUUUAGCAGAAAUUUCAACCGAGGAGCCACCAGCAUCUCCCAGAGCUACCCGGUCUCCUAAGCGACGGACACCCAAGCGAAGAUCUCCACGCCAUGUUUCGCCCUCCGAAAAUGAUACCUCCGAUGAUAACGCCAAUCCAAUGUCAUCCGAUGAAAUGCUUAUGAAUCAGUAUGAUCCACACGAUCGACACCAUCAUCAUUCAACAGAUCCUGAAUAUGAGUUUAUCUCACUCAGCAACACCGGCAGUGGGAGCAAAGGCAGCGGCAAGAACAAACACAAGAAGAGCCACAAGAAGAAACACCAGGAAUAUCACCCAAGCAACCACCAUCAACACGACCAGUAUCCAAAUGAGAGUGCAGACCUAAGCACACUGAACUCCAUGAACCGGGACGAUGAUACAUAUCCUGAGACCUCGGCGACCUAUGACACCAACACCUACCAAGAUGAAACGACUUUAGACAGGACAUGGGAAGAACAAGGAACCAUUGUAUCGGGCUCAACCAACGGAGAUUGGACUCGAGACGGGGCUCUUGCCCCCAGUGGAACUAGCACGCUCUCUGCUAUUACCCGUGGAGGGAUUGUCUCGCGUAUUCAGGAGGAAGUGGCUGGAACGGUGGAAGAUACAUUAGUGUCGUUUGAACAGGUUUUGAAUGCUUUUACUUUGCAAGAGAGAGAAAUUCAAGCAGUGAUGGGACGGAUUGACAAGGCCAAGCGACAGCUACGAAAACGAAGGUAG